CUCUCCCAUCUGGCUACCACAGCUCUGGGUUUGAAACAUAAACAAGUGUUGCAGCACAUGGCAGCAGCAGGGACCAGCUGGUGACCGAGGCUCUCGUCGCUGGUGUUACUGACGUUGUUCUGGCGCUGACCGCUACUGUGAAUAAAAGGACAAUGUUCCAAUUAGCCGAGAUCCGUCACAUGGUACGCAUCCCACCCUGGUUAUUUGGUCAAACACUUAAUGAUGCUGUAGUAGAAGAACUUAAUCGAAAGCUUGCAAACAAGGUGGUGCUGAAUGUUGGGUUAUGUAUAGCACUGUUUGAUGUGACAUCUCUGGGAGACUCCUACAUCUUCCCAGGAGACGGAGCUUCUCACACCCGAGUCACGUUCAGAUAUGUUGUCUUCAGACCGUUUUUGGAAGAAAUUCUUGAAGGAGUUGUUAAAUCUUCAGAUGCUGAUGGAAUGCAAGUUAGUCUUGGUUUUUACGAAGAUGUCUACAUCCGGCGGGACUCGAUGAUGUCAAAUUCCCACUAUGAUGAAACUGACCGUACGUGGGUAUGGGACUACCAGACUGAUGAUGAGACUCACCACCUCUUCAUGGAUGUUGGUGAGAAAAUUCGCUUUAAGGUUGUGGCAGAACAGUUCACAGACACAACUCCAGCAGGACCAAGUCUUGUAGAGGGAAAUGUUGCAGUAGCAGAUAGAAAAGAGGGGAAAAUUCCUUAUAUUGUAUAUGGUGCAAUAAAUGACCAAGGCCUGGGCAUGGUGUCAUGGUGGACAAAUAGCGGCGCAGGCCAGGAGGAGGAAGGUGAGGAAGAGGAGGAAGAGCUGGUUGAGUCGGUAUGACCUAGGUUGCACCACACGUCAACCUUCGUGUAUUUAGAAGCUGAGCCUUAUGCAUACAUUUUGAAUUGGACUGGACCUGCAGCUGAAAUGUUUGAGAAGAUUCUGCUUGUUGCCAAAUACUGUAGGUGAAUGUGGGGAAAGAGCUUGUCUUGUGCUGACAGUAGGAAAGUUAUCUUUAAUUACAUUGGCUAGCUUUGUCUGUCACUUACAAAAAUCAUUUUAAACAUUUUUGGGAACUGCAUGGCAGUAAUAUAAGGUUGUGGUAUGAGAAUUUAUAUUAGCUCUGAUUAUUUAAUUAUUAUAAGCUGUGACUUUAUAUUUUAAUUUUGUUUAUGUAAUUUAUACACUGCAGCCCCUAAUCAGCUUAAUUUACACACCAGCUCAUUCUUGGUGAACAAAUUUGAAACUUAACCAAGGAUAACCAAAAGUUACCUUGAGAUUAUAUUUAUAAUAAAUUUAGAGAAGAAGAAUAAAGGGCAGAAAUGUUAUUGCAUUUAACACGGUGGUACAACUAAAUGGUAUUGUAUAAGGUAAUGCAAAUAAUGAACAUUCAUCUCUAUACUUAUAACAGGGCUUAUUUAGACAUAAUGGAUAGUAAUUUUAUAUGCCUUUAAAUUUUCCUGAAAAAUGUACUACUGUACUGUAUAUAGUAGGGUAAAGCAAAAAAUUUGUUUAUCAUGAACUGGAAAAAAGUGUAAUUCUUGAUCCUUGACUUGAUGCCAAAAGUAAGAAACAAUUCAUCUUGGCUGAUUGCUACUAUUUUUGGGCUGGCGGCCACUCUGAAUGCAUCCAUAAAGGGGUCAAAAUGUCCAGGAUGGCCAUAACUGGCCAAAUUGGUGGUGCUGAAAACAAUACUUGUAGCUCAAAAUUUGCAGAAUCCUUUUUUUUUUAUCUUAACAGGAACUUUUUAUCUUUGUGCGAGAAUUAAGUUACGUAUAAAAUAUAAUUUUGGGGGGCACAGGUGGUUGUAAAAAUGGUGAAAAUCACCUGUCGGUGGACGAUUUAUCAAUUAUCACCCAUCAUAGCUUUAUUCACCAACUAUUUAAUGAGUAACAUUUCCUCCCUGCCCUAUUGACAUUUUGUGGAGUAGUUAAAUUGUAAGAUGUGGUAGUUAUGCGUGGUAUUAGUUUUUUUAUUUAAGCAGAACCAUUCUCAGGAGGCCUCUUGGUCUCAUGUGUGAUGUUAUUUCCAUGUGCUGAUUUGGAACCAGUCCCUCUAAUAUUUUCCAGCAGUAAAUUAUGUCUCUCUCUUGCCUGAACUUUAGAGAAAACAGAUUUAAACAUUUUAACCAAUCCCAAUAAUUUAAUGCUUUAUUGAGUGGAUUCUAGCAGUAAAGAUCCUUUAAUCCUAUAGUCCACUCUAUAAAACAUCUAAAUUGUUGUGUUCAAUUAAAAUUUGUAUCUAGAGCCAAGGCCAGAGAGAGACAUAAUAAUUUACACCUGGAAAAUAUUAAGAGGGAUGGGUUCAAAAUCUUCACACAGAAAUAGCAUCACACUAGACUAGGAGGCAAGAGAGGAUGUGCAAAAUAGCCCCAUUGAAAAGGAAAGAUGCAAUAGAUACACACAGAGUAUACUCUUAUAGAAUAUACUCUCAGAGUAUACUAGAUACUCUCAUCAUCAAAGGCCCAAGACUUCAACACUCCCUCUACACACAUGGGGUUAAUUGGCUGGCCUGUCACUAUGUUCAAGAGAAAACUUGAUAAAUGCCUCUAACAGAUGGCUGAUUAACCAGGCUGUGAUUCAUACGUCAGACUUCAAGGGGUUUGUUCGCCUACCAUUCUGGGUGAUACACCCAGUCGAUGGCAGACAUGAAAAUAUUCUCACAAAGUGGAGUGUUCUUUAGCCAUUGCUUCCUACGCCUCUCUGAGGACCCCCAGGUUCUGGCUCAUGGUUUCCUGUAGGUACAAGAACUUAUAGACUGAGGACAAAUAUUAGUCAGUCAGCUUCAGGGAGCGAGCCUCCAGGGCUCAACCCAGAAAAUGGAGUUUCAUUAUAUUCAAUGCUGGUUUUAUUAACUUUUCUUGGUUUUGACUUUAGGCCUUGUAUGUUUGCAAAUAUGAAUGAUUUUCCAUAUUGUGUCAAUUCUGGUGGGGGUUUGAUCCCUCCCCCCCUCCACCCUGACCCAAGGAGUGCUGUUUUGGCAAUGGUUCGUCCAGUUUUGGUAGUGUUACUAGGGAGUGUGGUAGUUUCUGUGUAGUUGGGGGUGUAGUAUGUGUGCACCUGAUUACGAAUUGUAGUCCAGUCUUGGGUAUUUCCUCAUUCCCAUCCAUACUCCUGCAACGUUUCUGUCUGCCAGUCUGUUCCUCUCUCUGUUUCUGGCUGCCUCUAAAAAACUUCCAGGGUCAUUAUAUCAGACCUCCUCUCUUCUAUAACACUGUGUGUACCUCUUACGUGGAAAUCAGGGUAUUGAAGAUCAUAGCAUUUUCUCUCAUUAAUUGAGAGUUUGCAUAGUUUAGGGUGAAAAUAUCUGCACUUUGUUCCAAGACGACAUUUACCCCUCCCUAAUAUUCCGCAUUUUCAAGGAUGCAUAUAUGUGCAUUCCGUGCCUUUGGUCCCAUAUCUGCACUUUCCUUUUGCAUAAUAUUAGCAAAUAUUUUCAUCUGUAAUUUUAUUCUGGUUGUUUAUACCUGUGCAUGGUGGUCUGAUUUGGGGUAGUCUGUGUUUUUUGUCCUAACUUUUUCAGUUCUGCAUUCUUUCUCAGUAUUGCUCUCAUCUUUCUCAUUUUUGCUUUCAUCUUUCUCAUUUUUGCUCUCAUUAUUCAUAUUACUGGUUGGGUCUUCAAUAUUGCCGGCAAGUGUCCUUCCUUUCUCAUUGCUAAUUUGGCUCUCCAAACUAUCGGUUCCUGGGUUGUGUUCCGUGUCUGUUGCUGUUUUUAAGCAAUCUUCAUAUAUUUCUAUUAGCUUUUGUGUGAAUGGUAGCCUAUGUGCUUCAGGAAUGUCACUCAUUAGUUUGGUGAUGUUUUCCCAUAUCAGUCUUAUCAUUGUGACAGAUCCAGUAGGUACCUUGUCUGUUUGCAUAUUGUGUAGGUAAUUCUGUAUAACUUGGGUGAAAUCUUGUGUUACAAAUGUUACAUACAAUCCCUACACUCUUCUGAAGUGGUUUAAAUAAAGCAGCUGCCACACGCCUCUAUGUUGGGUUUGUGGAAGUAGUCUGGUUUGAUUUGUUAGGAAAUAGUUAAAGGGUGUAAAAUGUAUUUCUCAAACUUCCUCAAAUGCCUUCAAAUUUUUUUUUUGUUUCAUAAUCUACAUGGUAAAUGUGCCAACUUUUCCUGAUGGAUCACCCACGUAAGGAAAAAAAAAAAUCCCCAUAAUUUAGACCUGCCGCACUCCACAAGGUAGGCCGUGUGUUACCCGAGAGUUCACCACCACACAAAAAUGUUUAUACAGGUACUCUUUUUUUUUUCAACUUUUUCACCUCAAUUCUCGUGCUACGUUGUUAAAUUUGACAUCAAAUUGUUCGUAAUAGGAAUAUUUGCAUAUAAGAACAAAUAUUAGAACAAUGUUACUAAUAUCAUAAGAUAAAGUACAUUGUCUUGUAAAAAAAAACUCCUGCUUUAUUUACAGUCAUUAUUCAUUCCAUGUGGAUGCCACAUGGGGUCUAAAAAGAUUGGGAAGAUGUUGGUGCACAUUUUAAAACAAGUCCAAUAAAUUUGGACAAUAAAUGGAAUUUUUAAAUUUUUAAAUUAUUGACUCUUUAUGCCUUCUGCUCACUCUGUAGUUUCAUUUUUUGACGGAUAUACAGUGGUACCUCGGAACACGAGUGUCCCUGUAUGCGAGUUUUUCGGAAUACGAGCAGGAUUUUCUCGGAAAAUGCGUCUCGGAAGGCGAGGGUUACCUCGGAAC